AAUUCCAUCAUGUCCAAUUACUCUGAUCUUUUGUAUCAUACCACGCUGACCGUCAUUGACUACCAUGAGGACCCCUCAGGAGCCAAGCACUCGGCCUAUGUCCUCGCAACACAUGCCAGCAUUGAGGCGGCCAAAACCUUUGCCCGAGACGCUCUACAACUCCUCAAGUAUGAGCCUGAUGACUUUGAGGAGUACUCCGUCUAUUCAAGCUCUCACGAGUGGAAGCAUGGUGAUGGGGUAGUUGUCUAUGCUCGUGCACCCGCCGGCCAGGUCUUUCAAAUUGGAGUCCGUACAACGCCGAACAAUGAGUCUCUCCUGGCGAACCCCAACGGCACCAUAGUUCUUCCCAAGGGUGCAGAGCUUUUGCACUAUGUGGUGCAGACUACGGUCGACUACAACAAAGACCGAACUGGCUGCGCGCAAGAAGUCGACAUCGAAGGGUCAUAUGUCCUUCGUGCCGAUGCUCUUGCUGCCGCUAAAGCGUGCCUUGCACAGGAAAACUUCGUCGAGUAUGAUUUGCGGGACGAGUUCAAGGACGAAUGGCCGUUUGGGGAGGAUGUCGUUGUCCAUGCUGUAUCUGAGACCGGCCAGAACUACACUGUGGCUGUGACAACAGUUCCAGGAGCGCACAGGAGGCACAGCAAGAAGAACUAA